AUGCUGCUCAUCGUUUUUAUUUUCUUUGUAAAAAUUGUCUUCUUAUCAUGUAUAUUCGAAAAUAAAAAUGAACAAAAUUUAUUUGAUGAAAUAAAUCGACAACGAAAAAAUUUUGGUUUAUCAAAUGUUGAAAUACAUUUAACAUUACAAUUAGCUGCAGAAAAACGUUGUUCAAAUCAAGAACAAUUAAUUGAAACAUAUCAAAGAAUGUUAUCAAAUACAUAUAGAGAUGAUGAUUGGCCAAGACAAGAACAACUUGAGAAAAUUUUUUCUCAUGUCAAUGAAAGAAUUUAUCUCAAUGGUAUUAAUAUUCACAAUGAUAUUUUUCAUAAAUUUCAUCUUAUACCAAAUACAUAUCAAAGAAAUUUUAUUUAUCUUGGUAUUUCUUUACAUGAAUAUAAAAAUUUUUCUGCUCAAUGUAUUAUUUAUGGUAAAUUGAAUAAUUCUAUUUCAAAUCAUCGUCGACUUAUACGUCUUCUUUAUAUUCUUAUUGGUUGUGGAAUAUUUUUGCUUAGUUUAAUUGUUUGUAGUAUUAUGAAUGAUCAACGACAAAUAAAAUUAAAACAACAAUUAGAACAACAAGAAAUAAUUGAUAAUAGACAUACAAUUGUUCCGAAAAAUUCAAUGAAUGUAUUGACUGAUAAUGAUCGAGGGUCAUCAUCAUUACGACGAACAGAUAUUAAUCGAAUAACAAUGGCACAAUUAGGUUCUACAGUUGAUGAACGUCCAUCAGCUGUUCAUAGUUUUUUUUCAAAGUCCUAA